CACUUCCCUUGGCUCGACAUAGAGAUGCUCUUCUCCUGCUAGCUCAUGCAAUGUACCCGACAGCUCAGAAGGCUUUCUGUGCGUCUCAGCUGUCUCGGCAACAUUGCCAAGAAGAGGCCCUACUCAUUUGCAAAAGAGAUCGAGUCUGUGCUUGCUGCUUUCAAUGUCGACACAGGGACGCCUAUCUCAUCCCCUGCCUCCUCUGCAGCGCUUGCAUCCUUUCACAAGAAGGUGAUCAAUACGCGUGUACCAACUGGAGAGCUUGCAAACGAAUAUCGAAGCUUCCAGCGCCACAGCACCAUUCGAGCGCUGCCUUUGUUGACCUGCAAGCUCUUCUUGCGACGACUGCUUGCAGAUUUGCAAGUCAGGCUCGCUGUACAGGUCUUACUUGCAUAUGACCUCAAUGAUAGCGUCAAUCUUGUCACGGAUGUGCUUCAUGGCUUGCAGAUUUAUGAACAGCGAACCUUUCUCGUCAUGCUAUUCUCCGAACUAAGGAGAUUAAGUCAGCAUGGAAUCGCGAAGCAGAUAUGUGCCGCAACUGGCUACAGUCCAAGUGCAAUGUCACAGCUUACAGACCAACAUGAACAGGUGGCAGACAUCGAAACUUUUCAAGUGCUGUCGAAAAGGCUAUUUGGCACCUCCACGCUAGAUGGUUGGACCGUCCUCGUGCUCUGCAAGCAGCUUCUACAAAGCGAAUUGCUUGCAGAGGCAGAAUCUCUGGUCACGCGGCAUCCUCAGGCCCAUCAUGCCGUCCGCUUCCUUGUCGAACGCUUACCGCGCCCAAGAGCCGCUGCUUUAUUUGUCAGUCUUGCAGAAGAAGCUGACUACGACUUGCAUACUUGGCGUGUGGCUCUUGGCGCUUGCGAUGAGCACCAAUUACAAAGCUUAGCAGAGUCCGCGAAAUCGCUUGACAUCAAGUUACUGGUUGCAGAGAGCACGGCUAGACACACAAAUACUUUGCCCAUUUCUUACACGAUGGCAACGACAUUGUCAUUAAUUUCUUCAGAGACGAAAGCGCUCGGGUCUUUGUUCGCCAGUUGGCUACACACCUCUCCAGCGACCAUCGCUCAUAAUCCACAUGAGGCUGCCAUGCAAGCGAUUCUUAGGAAUUUGGCGGACGAAGACACCCAGCACUUGUCUGAUCUUCUGCUAGGUUUUGCUGAAGCCAUUCAGCAGCAUUCGACCGCCUCACUGUAUGCGGUGUUGAGGCUUGUCGAAGAUAUGCCUUAUGACCUCCCAUUCCACGUCGAACACAAAUUGACACGACACGUUCUCAACAAACCGGCCGAUGAAGCAGCCUUGUAUUUUGCAUUGCGCAAGACGAGCAAACGCGCCAUGCACGCAGUGGUCAACCACCAUCUGCGCGCACACAGAUUGGGUGCUGAAGACGGUCAAUUCUUUGGCAGUCUGCUUCUCUUGUCAAAACGCCUGGGAAUCGAGGCGUCUGCACUUCAAAGUGUUUUCGACUUGUGCAUAAUGCAGCUGAUUGAAGUACGCCCUCCGACGCUGGCGCUCUCACUACUGCGCACAUGUGAGGCACUUGAAAUAUCUCCAGCUCUGGAUUCGAUCGCUAAGCUGAUGCGCGUGCUCACUCGAAAUCGGUACUACGACAUUGUGCUGCAUCUGUUGACUAUGUCGAUGCCAAAUUCUGGGACCGCCCUGACGAAAGCCCUGAAGGUACAACGAAAUAUCUUUGCUCGGUUCAUCCUCCACACGGCAUCCAAAGACGCGACUGUUUCGAUGCGAGCUUUGAGGGAGAUGCGCCGUAAGGGCUUUGUGCCGUCUGCAUUUCUAUUGCAAUCCAUGGCCCUUCGACUGGCCAGCCAUCGAUACAUCCCAGGAUCCAGUGUGCCAUGCAGCAGCUCUGUCUUAUUUCGAUACAUCUCGCGCAUCAUUCGCCUCGCUGGUACAUUGGGUUAUAAGAGUGGUGGUAAUCGUGGAUUCGCUUCUAGCUUGGUACGUCUUGUGCUUCUUCGACAAGGCCUCGGUGCUUCAAAGGAGCGGAUCAAAUACACACUUGGCCGCUCACGUAAGUCUCUACAACAACAAGACUUUGAGGAGUUGAUGCGUAUUCUGCGGCAAUGGCGUGCCUUGACGGAGCAUUCUGCUGGAUCUACGAAUAUGGCUGCAAAGGAGAGGCUGGCGAGGCAGCGACCGAGGGAAUUGAGGCAUCUGCUUGCGAGGGUGGAUGGUCGCCGCCGGCGUAUAUUUGGCACUUCGAAGCGGCGAAGGAGAAUGCUAAAGAGGCCUGGUAGCCUGUAAACCCUGUUGGUAGUAUUGGACUGUAGAGUAGCCAUUUCCCCCUUU